UAUAUGCGCCGCACGCUGCACUAGCGGCCGAUAGUGCGAGCGAUAGCGAGGGCGGCUAGUCGCAGCUGGUGCGAUCGCGGGAUUCUCUUCUUGCCUCCCUUCCCGCCCCGCCGUGCCGUGCCGUGCCGCGCCGAGCCGGUGUGAGACGAUCCUGCGAGAGGCGCGUGCCGAGGAUGGGCCUGCUCUCCGAGGGAAGCCCCCUGAGCUGGGAGGAGACGAAGAAGCUGUCCGAUCACGUGCGCAAGCAUGGGGUUAUACAGUUUAUUAACCUGUACAAGAGGCUCCGCGACAGGCAGGGCGACGUUCUCAAGUGGGGCGACGAGGUGGAAUAUAUACUCGUAAAAUUUGAUGAUGAGGCAAAAACUGCAAAGCUUAGUUUAAGAGCUAUAGAAAUAUUACGAACCUUAAAUGAGAAAGAAACCGAAGAUCCAAAUAAUGUAAAAUCACUCUGGAGACCAGAAUAUGGCGCUUAUAUGCUCGAGGGAACUCCCGGGAAACCGUACGGAGGAUUAUUAGCUCAUUUCAACGUUGUCGAGGCUAAUAUGCGCUACCGAAGGCAGGAGGCAACAAAGUUACUUCAACCUAACGAAGUCUUGAUGUCAUUAACUGUUUUCCCAAGAGUAGGAGCUCUCGAUUUCACCGAUCCCGUUACUCAUCCGACGCCCAACACUGGUGCCUCCAGGAGUUUAUUUUUCCCCGAUGAAGCUAUAUACCCCGGUCACCCGCGUUUCAAGACACUGACCAGGAACAUUAGGGAACGACGUCAAGAGAAAGUCGCUAUAAACAUUCCUAUUUACAAAGAUGAAAACGUAUCGCUGUUAUUCAAAGAAGAUCUCGCCAACAAAGGAGACGAUGGAUCAUCGUCAAAGGCAGCUAAAGAUGAUCACAUUUAUAUGGACGCCAUGGGUUUUGGGAUGGGAUGUUGCUGUUUGCAACUUACCUUUCAGGCAUGUAACAUAGAAGAGGCCAGAACGUUAUACGAUCAACUGACACCUUUAUGCCCAAUCAUGUUGGCUCUAACCGCCGCCAGUCCAUUUUAUCGAGGCUAUAUAAGCGAUGUCGAUUGUCGGUGGAACGUCAUAUCUUCGUCGGUGGACUGCAGGACGCAGGAGGAACGUGGAUUGAAACCCCUUAAAGAAAACAAAUUUCGGAUCAGCAAGUCUAGGUACGACUCCAUCGAUUCGUACCUCAGCGAGCAGGGUGAAAAAUAUAACGACGUCCCUUUGACGUACGACGACGAGAUAUAUAAACAACUUUUGGAUAAUGGAAUUGAUCACUUGCUCGCGCAACACAUAGCUCACUUGUUUAUCAGAGACAGCGUCUCCCUAUUUUCCGAGAAGGUCCAUCAGAAUGACCUGGAAGAUACCGAUCACUUUGAGAAUAUACAAUCUACGAACUGGCAAACUAUGCGCUUCAAGCCGCCACCGCCAAAUUCGUCUAUCGGUUGGCGCGUAGAAUUCCGUCCAUGCGAAGUUCAGAUCACGGACUUCGAAAAUGCCGCGAUAGUUUGUUUCACAGUACUAUUAACGAGAGUCAUUCUGAGUUAUAAGCUAAAUCUCUUAAUCCCGAUCAGCAAAGUUGAUCAGAAUAUGGUCAGGGCGCAGAAAAGAGAUGCAGUGAAGGCGGAGAAAUUUUGGUUUCGUCGCGACAUUACUUCCGACAUCAAACCUGGCAACACUCAAUCGGAAUACACCGAAUUUACAAUCAAUGAAAUUAUUAAUGGCAAGAAUGGCGAGAAUGGCGUAUUCCCUGGUCUUGUGCCACUUGUGAACUCGUAUCUAGCUAACAUGAAUGUAGACGCCGAUACGCACUGCACUAUCCAAAGAUACCUAAAAUUAAUACAGAAACGAGCUUCUGGUGAACUCUUGACAACCGCCGCUUGGCUGAGAAAAGAGGUCACUUCGCAUGUUGAAUACAAGCACGAUGCUGUAAUAACACAGCGCAUCAAUUACGAUCUAUUGAAGAAAAUCCACAGUAUCGUCUCCAACGAUGUAUCGUGUCCAGAGUUACUCGGGCAGUGCGUAUUCUCUAAAACUACCGAUACCAUACCUGCUGCCGUUGCUAAAGCAGAAAAGUGUUCAACAACAAAUUGUUAACGAAGACGAUGACGAAGCAUUUCAGGUAAAGCGGUAAAUUUAUACUUUUGUAACAUUGUUACACAUAUUUGACGCCCGUUAAUCUGCAUAUUUACAUAGGUAAAUUUCUGCGUUGAUAUUUUUGAAUGAAUAAAAGAAAUAGAGAAUAGCGCAAAAUAUGAAGUUUCAUAAUUUUAUAUUUGUAAUUUUAUAUUCCAUUUGUUAUACAUGCUGCAUUGCUUUUAUUUACCAAAUGUAAAUGUAUAAUAGAGAUAAUAAUUUUCGUAACUUCUAAACAAGUUCUAAAAAGUGGAAACACAGUAUUGAGUAUAUGUAUAGAAGAAACUGUUAGUAUUGUUAUAAGCCAACGAACACACAUUCCACAAAUUGUACUUGUGUACGAUUCGUUUGUAUCAUUCGAUACUAUUAUGUAUUCAAAAAUUCUACUAAAAUUUACUAAAUUUACUAAAUAACCCGGUAAACAUUUUUUAUAAAAAAAAUUUUUAUAAAAAAUGUUUUACCGGGUAGAGUUUAAUUAUACGAUAUAGUAAUAGCACAGUGUAUGUAUGUAGUUAAAACCAAUAGUUUCACGAGAUUUAUUAAUACAGUUAAUCUCUAAUAGCUUGUUGUUUUAAGAUUUAUUUUGUCUUUUACUAACUUGAUAUUGUCAGUGGCAGUGUUAAUACGUGUUAUCUUUGAUUGCGAUUUGCUCACUCAUAUAAAUGAUUUUUCUUCGUUGAAAUCUCUUUGACAAGACGAAGCAUAUUUCAGAAUUGUAUUGCAGGCUACACUAUUCAGUAUAUAAUAUUACACAGAAGCGUUAAGUAAUAACACGUGUCGUCACAAUUUUGUAAAAUACUUUGUGUAGCUUCUAUAUAAUUUUUUGGAAGUCUAUUUAAUCUAACUAGACUUGAGAUGAAAAACUCAUUUAUGCCACCUGUAAAAACUUGGCUAAAUUUCGGCGUUUAAAACAUAAAUGCGAUCGUCCACGAUCCUUAUCAAAAAGAUAACUAUUUUCUAGUAUAUGUUUGAAUAUUGUAUACAGUAUUUCUGGAUCACGUUAGGUAAUAUUAGAGUCUUGUUUUUUUGUUUAGUAUACAUACACUGAAUAUAGUUGAAAAGGAUCAAAAAUGCAAAUAUUAAGUGCUAAGACACCAGCGCUAGAUAGUACAUAACAAAUGUUAAAAAAAAAGAGGUUAUAUAUGUAUCAAACUAGAUAUUAUGUACUUAAGAUUUAAAGAAAUUGUACAAAAAUGCAUAUAUAUAUAUUUAUAUAUAUAAAAAAUGCUAGCCUUUGGAAUAUAGAUUAUACGAAUUAAUUGUAAGUAAAAAGAUACGAAUUAAAUUGUAAAAUGAGAAAAUAAUGCAUAUAAAAGGCAUGUAUAUGUGCUUACGAUAGUUUUUGCAAAAUGAAAUUAAGCGAGAUUGUUAUUAUCUGAAUAAAACAAUAAUAUAUCUGCAAGAGA